ACCUGGAGAUCGUUUGCUUGGCUGUCCAGCUGUACAGUGAGAUGGAUUUGGGAGUUUAUCGUCCACCUUUGUCCACAGGCUACCGGUCGGUGCCGUUGAAGAACAGCUACAGUGAGGAUCUGGAGUUGGCUUCUCUGCUGCUCCACAUUGAAAUCAUCAACGCCAAGGAAGAAGACGACGAGAACUUGUAUUCCUCCAUCCAGCAACUCCGGGACCGGGCGAACGAGCUCUCCAACCAGGUGUCCAACCUGGAGCACAGCAACAGUUGCGACGUGCGUUACCAGCAACAGCUGGAUGAGCUGAGGUUGGCUCAGGAGCAACUCAUGGAGCUGACCGAAGCACGCAAUAGGAAGUGAGU